CGGAAGUACUGUCCAUAUGAAAACGAGGCUGCAUUUUUGUCUGCUCGAGAAAGGAAAACACUGGAUCAAAACGGAAUUUAUACAGUGGGUAGCUAGACAGCAGCCAUGAGUGAGCAGCUGAAAUUUAUAGUGCAGGAGUUGGCCAAGGAGCCCUUCAGCAAGAACUACAACUUGAUUUCCUUUGAUUCACUGGAGCCAUUGCAGAUCCUGCAGGUUCUCAAUGAUAUCCUCGCCCUCAUUGACCCGAAGCACAAGAUUGAUAUCCGGGAGGAAGUCCCGGACCAGACAGCCAUUAGGAUUUUCCAGCUUCUCCGGGUGCUCAAGUACAAGCCCCCGACAGAAAUCAGCAACUUGAGUGCCUUUAGAGCUGGCUUGGUGCAGGGAGAAAAGCCCAUCAUAUACCCUAUCCUGGAAUGGAUGCUACCAAGGGUCAACGACCUCCAGAAGAGAGCCUACCUGGCCAAAUACCUUGUGAAAGUCGAGGUCCCAGCUGCCAUCAUGACUGAAGAGGACAUCGUCUCCAUCUAUAACCAGUAUGAGGAGAUCAUGGAGCAGUUCAAGGAGCUCCACAAACAGGCGGAGACUCUGCGGAACUCAGGACAUACCACCGGGGAGAUCCGGAAGGACAUCACCAACAUGGAGGACGAGAAGGAACAGCUCAUCAAGCGUAUCGAGAGACUUCGACGCAAGGUGGAGUCCCAUCCCAACUCGCAGGUGAUGAUGAAUGUGGCCAAGAACCUGCGUCUGGAGCGAGACCGCGAGAAGAAGAUUGCCGCCCAGAGACAGGAACAGCUCAUGAACAUCCAGCACUCGGAGCAGAGGAUCAAACGGAUGCAGGCACAGCUACAGCAGAUCAGACAGGCCGGAGUAGGAGCCACCCCAAACACCCUGAUGCAGCAUCUGGAGGAGGAGACGAGGGCCAAUGGCUACAUCGUAAAGGAGAGGCUGCCCAAGGACAUCUCUGCCCGCAAGAAGGCUGUGCAGGACCUGCAGAAGGUCGUGGCUGUGCCCGCCAUGGGUCAGUCCGACCUCGAUGACCUCAACAACCAGAUCACAGAGCUGAACUCCGAGGUGAACAAGCUGACCGAGAAACGGAUGAUGAGCAAUGAGCCUACGGAUGACAAACUGUCACUCUUCCGCCAACAGGCAGGGAUUAUUGCCCACAAGAAGGAGGCGGCGGCCGAGAGACUGAGGGACAUGAGGGAAGAGUACAACCACGUCAUGCAGGAGGCGGAACAGAAGAGGGAGUUGGUGAAGGAUGCCGAGGGGGGAGAGGUGCUCAAGGGAGAAGAUUUCAAAAGAUACGUAAACAAGCUGCGUUCAAAGAGCACAGUGUACAAAAAGAAGCGACAGGAGCUGGCUGAGCUGCGAGCUGAGCUGGGCGUGCUGUCUCGCACCGAGCUGUCUCGCACCGAGGAGAUCCUUAGACAGAGAGAUGACCACAUGAACGCCCAGCUGUCUGCUGUGGAAAGGAAGAAGGGUGUGGAGGGCUACCGCCAGACUCAGGAAGACUUGGAGAAGGUGUCCUCCAUGAAGAGUGAGGUAGACGACUUCAAGGGCCGCACCCUGGACGACAUCUCGGACAUGGUCCGCAGGCUCCACACAGCCAUUGCCGAGAAAAGAAACACCUUGGCACCGGUGCUGAGAGAAACCAGACCCCUCAGAGAGAGAAUACAGCAACUGCAGCCCGAGCACGAAAACAAGAAGGUAACCUACGACCGUACAGCUGCAGGGUUGGAGAGUAACAUGACGAGACUGGAGCAGGAGGUUCGAGGCUACCAAGAGGAGUGUCAGGCCGAGGAGUCCCGCUACCACUACCUCUCCUCCAUGACCAACAUCCUCAGCAUCCAGCAGGCCAAGGUGCAGGAGGAGAUGAAGGCGUACGUCUCCUCUGACCCACAGGAGAAGAAACGGACCAUGAGAGACUUGUUCUCAAAGAAGAUCCAGGAACAGGAGAACCUGAGUCGGGGUCUACGUGAGCGACAGAAGAUGGUCCGCGACAACCACGAACCAAACAUGCGGCAGAUGAAGAUGUGGCGAGACCUGGAGAGACUCAUGGACUGCAAGAAGUCCAUCCUGGAGCGAGGGGGAGGAGCCAUAGGGGGAGGGGGUGGGGCUGUGGGUGCAACUGGGGGAUAUGGAGAACAGGCUCCCACCUACCAUGAGGAGGACAGGCUUGUACUGUAAGGAGUGGGCAGUCUAUUGAUGGAGAGAGGGUCUGUUGAUGGAGAGAGGGUCUGUUGAUAGAGAGAGGGAAGGGAGGGGAGGGGUAAACUUAAAUGACGAUGGGGAGUUCUGUGAAUUACUGAAAAGGAGGAACAAAAAGAGGAAACCGGGUCUGUAGGGGUUGUACUGAUUCUGGGUUGGUGGGGAUGGGUGAAACUUUCUAAAGUCAAUGCAGAUUGUAUCAAAAGUCACAUACAUGCUUGAGGGUGCCUCUCCCCUACGGCAGAUAUUGAGCUCUGUAGUAUUCAGUAUGCCACAGUAAUAAGCUGGAUGCCUUGAAAUCUUUAGCCUGUACCUGGAUGUUAGUUUUUCAGUGGUGAAAUAUAAAUUUAGUCUUUUACUUGCAAAGAGUGACAAAUCGGUAAAAUGUUCAGUCCUUGUGUUAAGAGGUCAUUUUGUCAUACAUUCUAAAAUAAAGUCCCAGUGUAUUUAAUUUGCAUCUGCUGUGUACAGUGUUAUCACUCAGGUAUUACCAGCUUUCCUCAAAUCAGUUGCCAUGACAAAUUACAGUAAGCUCUGUUAAUGACAAACAUGCUUAUGACAAGCUGAUGGAUAUAGCAAACUGUUGGUCCUGCUAUCAAGUUGUACUGUUAGUAUAGGACAAGUGUUUAAAACAAACUAUAUUUAUAACAAACUUAAAUUAGAAGUCCCUUUGAGUCUGCUAUAACCAUAGUUUACUGUCAUGGUAUGCCGGACGCCUUGAGUGCAUGGGAGUUGGCACCCUAAUGCUGAGAGAUGGUGAACAUAGCAUUGAAUUAGGAAUGAUCAGGGAAAAGUUGGCUUGUAUUGUCUGACAUGGCUGAAAAUACUAAAUGUGAAAGUUAUUAAGUUAGUUUGAGAAUUAUUGUGUUUCCAUCUAGGGUUUAACUACAUUUGUUAUUGCAACAUUCCAGUAUCCAUGUUCAUCUGUUUGUUGGGUGACAUCUUCAUCAUCAUCAUCAUCAUCAUCAUCAUCAUCAUCCACGCUACAGACUAAUGGGACUGACCAUUUCAUAUUCUGGGUAGGGGCCAAGGAUUUUGAAAACAAUAAACUGUCCCAGAUAUAACAUAUGUUAUAUUUGGGAUUACACUUUCUUACACUUGUCCCAGAUAUUUUU